CAGUGGUCAUACUGCCAUUCAUUCAACAAUGAGUAUUCAAGUGCCUGCUGCCUCCCAGUCAUUGACCUUGGAAAGAAUGACAUAAUACUGCCUUUAUUAUUAUGAAAUUUGGAACGGUACAAUGAAAAAUGUGAUUAUUCUCUUUGAAUAGUGACUCACUGGAGUGUUGGAGGCUUUGUUUUGGCGUUAUCUUCUCUCUUCACAUUGACUUUACAUUUGGCCAGUGAGUAAAUCCUCCCAGGUAGGAUGAGAAGUGGUGUUCCUGGAAAGUUGUUUGGUUUGUUUGUGAGUCGCAAUGAUGAAGGUUAAGUAAAUCUAGGUUUGUCAGUAUGAGAAACAUUACCUUUCUUAAAGAAACAACCUGUUUUCGUUAUCACUAUUCUAAGAGAGAAUCCAAAAUAGCUUUAAAAACAGUCUAAUUACCGUCAGUGUCUUUGAGUCAAGUAGCUUUGUCCCCAGAUGACCUGUAUGGAAACCAGAGACCAAGAAAGGUAAGAGCAAGUGUGAAGGAACUUACAGAAAACUGUUUACACCAUGAUGGGCCAUUUGCUUUAGAUUUUUGUAUUUCAAACAAAUGCAAGAAUUCUGUCCUAGGUUAAAUACCGGUCUUUGUUAUCUGUAGGGUAAUAUGCUUUUAUCAUCAUGGAAUAGAGCUGUUCUUCCCUCUAGAGUUUUUAAUGACUGAAAUGAUGAUAAUAACAACUACUAAAGCAAAUAAUACUAACAAUAGCAAACAUCUGUAUCCUGUUUACUCUGUGUCAGACACUGUUCCAAGCACUCUACAUAGAUUGACUGAAUGAAAUCUCACACCAACCCUGUGAGUUAGGUAUUAUUAAUAUGAGGACGCAGGCGAUUUCUUGAUAGAGUAAUAGUGUGCAUUUUGGCCUCAAAGAAAAGUUUCUGCUUGGAUCCACUAAAACCCAGAUGUAAUGUGGAGGCUUAACUAAACAAGAGUUUCUAAACAUUUUGAUGCUUUUACAUUUUCUGUUACAUCCGCUAUGCCAGAAACUCUACCUCCAGUGAAUUGUUGGGAGAAAGCGUAGUUGCAUGUUAUUAAGUAUGUCUGCCAUGAGCGCAUUUAAUUUCUCAGAGCUUCUAGUGAUGCCUCAUGGAGCUCUGGGUUUAUAGCAUGUUAGCAAUUCCUCACUAAAAGGCACCUGGUAGCUGGCCCAGCCCCCUCAGAAAAAUGAGGUGAGGAGAGCAGACUCGAUGUGGAUAAAGUCAUGCAGCAAAUCAACAACAGACCCAGGCCUUACACCCAGGACUUCUACCUCCUAACCUAGAGCUUUUUAUUUUUUUUAAUCUUUGUACUUAGCUGCCUUGUUAGACACAGUUAAGAAACCUAUGAAGUGUGCUGUUCAGCUGGAGUAGAAAAGUGAAAUGGAGAGUUAUAGCUAUUAACCCAGUUCAUAAAUUCCAAUGGAUGGAAGCUCUUAUUCACUCUUACUUGGAAAAAUAGCCGAAGUGAAGAGAAAUUGAGGGCAGAGCAUCACAGCACAGUUGUUACAGUUGAAUGAAUGAAAGAAAUAAUAAAAUGGAAACAGAGUUUAAGAUAUUCUAGUAAGAGUGUGACAGGACCAGGGAAUAUUGAGUCUUAAGCCUAAUAAAGCAGGUUGAGGUGGUAGGUACUCUGCUCCAGGCCUUGAACUUUGACAGCAGCAGGGCUGUAAAUGUGAAGUGAUAAUCAGUUUGCAAAUGUUCUGGCUGCAGCUGUACCAGAUGGGAUUCAGUGAUUCCCAUUCAGCUAACACCAAAUGAAUAUUUGUCACAUACUUGACACUGAUGAUGGUGGGACGAGACACGGUUCCUGCCUAUUAAGGAGAGUCGGAAGUAGCCACAGGAGGAAAAUAGCUACAAGAGUCUAAGUGCUAUUGUGCAGAUACAAGAAAUGUGCUGCAGGUGUACAAAGAAGAGUGCCCUUAGCUCUGGCCACGGCGUAGAGGGAAGGCUUCCUGGAGAAGCUAGCAUUUUCGAGAAAUGCCAUCAGUGAGAAGUAAAAUGUUGGCGAAGAGAGAAGCCUAGAGGGAAGGUAGAUGGGAGUUAACGCUCAAGGAGAAUCUAGUUUGCCUGCGGUAAAGGAGGUGCUGUCUCUUUACCCACACUCCAGUGACACAAAAUGCCCUUCAAUGGUGAGAAGCAGUGUGUGGGCGAGGACCAGCCAAGUGAUUCAGACUCUUCCCGGUUUUCCGAAAGCAUGGCUUCGCUCAGUGACUAUGAGUGCUCCAGGCAGAGCUUUACCAGUGACUCUUCUAGCAAAUCCAGCUCUCCUGCUUCAACAAGCCCUCCCAGAGUUGUAACAUUUGAUGAAGUGAUGGCUGCAGCAAGGAACUUAUCAAACAUGACUCUUGCUCAUGAGAUUGCUGUAAAUGAGAACUUUCAAUUGAAACAAGAUGCCCUCCCUGAGAACAGCUUGGCCGGUAGAGUGAGGCACGUUGUCCACCAGGCCUUCUGGGACGUCUUGGAAUCAGAACUGAAUGCUGAGCCCCCUGAGUAUGAACACGCCAUCAAGCUGUUUGAAGAAAUCAGAGAGGUUCUCCUCUCUUUUCUGACUCCUGGUGGCAACCGGCUUCGCAACCAGAUCUGUGAAGUUUUGGACACAGACCUCAUUAGGCAGCAGGCUGAGCACAGUGCUGUCGACAUCCAAGGCCUAGCCAACUACGUCAUCAGUACGAUGGGAAAGCUGUGCGCUCCUGUGCGAGAUGAUGAUAUCAGAGAGUUAAAGGCUACCUGCAACAUCGUGGAUGUGCUGAGACAAAUAUUUCAUGUCCUGGAUCUCAUGAAAAUGGACAUGGUCAAUUUUACAAUUAGGAGUCUGAGACCACAUCUCCAACGCCAGUUGGUAGAUUAUGAGAGAACCAAGUUCCAAGAAAUUUUAGAAGAAACUCCGAGUGCUCUUGAUCAAACUACAGAAUGGAUAAAAGAAUCUGUACAUGAAGAAUUACUUUCUCUUUCUGAGACUGCUUUAACUCCCGGGGCCAAAAACAGCUCCAAGCCAAGCCUGAGCCCUACAUUGGUGCUAAAUAAUAGUUAUUUGAAAUUGUUACAGUGGGAUUAUCAGAAAAAAGAAUUACCAGAGACACUCAUGACAGAUGGAGCACGUCUUCAGGAACUGACAGAAAAGCUGAAUCAACUGAAAAUGAUUGCCUGCCUGUCCCUAAUCACCAACAACAUGGUGGGUGCUAUGACAGACGGCCUACCUGAGCUUGCAAUCAGGGUAAAAAAGAUUUCAGCUGUUCUACUUGAAGGCAUGAACAAAGAGACCUUUAACUUGAAGGAAGUCCUAAAUUCUAUCGGUGUUCAGACUUGUGUCGAGGUAAACAAGACCCUGAUGGAGAGAGGUUUACCUGCUCUAGAUGCUGAGGUUCAAGCUAACCUUGUAGGUCAAUUCUCAAGCAUUGAAGAGGAGGACAAUCCUAUCUGGUCCUUGAUUGAAAAACGAAUCCAGCUAUACAUGAAAAGCCUACUUUGUCUGCCAAACCCUCCAAAAUGCAUGCCUGCCGUGCCAGGAGGCCUCACUGUCGUUCAGCAGGAGCUAGAGGUGCUAGGCUCGCAAUAUGCAAGCAUUGUGAAUCUCAACAAACAAGUGUAUGGACCAUUUUAUGCAAAUAUACUUCGAAAGCUGCUCUUUAGUGAGGAAGCCACGGGGAAGGCGGAAGCUUCAUCAUCUACUAACUAAAGAGGAACUGACAUUGGAUAAGAGAUUGGAAGCCCAGCACUUAGGUACCCAGUCUGUUUCCAUCAAUGGCAUUUCAGAUGCGGCACGUUCUCAGUCCUGUCUGUGGCACAGCGUUAGCCCGAAUCUGUAUAAUUCAGUAAUAUUAGCAUUGCAAAGACAUGCACGUUGUAAUGACCCUGUUUGUGCACUAUCUACAAGUCCAAAAGAGAUGUUUUUAAUGAACAGCAAGCAAUUUGUAAUUAAUUAUAUUACCUAUAUAAUACUUGUAAAUGUUUUCUUAAGCAUAUAUAUCUGGCUUAUUCAUUCAACCUGUAAGGAGUUGUAUUUCACAUCAAAUCUAAUGAUUUUUUUUAACUUUGGUACAGCUUCUUAAAGGGUUGAAAGUUGUGAACAUAACCAAGGGGAUUGAUGUUCUGAAUAAAUGAUAUGAAGUAAGGGAUAAUCGUAUUUUAAAUGUACAAUUAAAUUUUAUUAAUGUGUAAUAGAAGCUUACGUAGUAUAUAUACGUAGUAUAUUCUACAAAUAUACCAAAUCACACUUUGUGAUACCAAUUGUCAGUAUUUGUUUAGAAUUUCAAUGUAUUAAAUACAUUUUAAAGCUACAUACAAAUUUUAGAUAAAACCUCCCUUGUUCAUUUAGUGAAAAUAGAAACAAACCCCUUCUAAAAUUUUAUUCUAGAGGGUGGAUUCUUCUCACUUAUCCUGCUCUCUGAGGGAAACAGUUUUUGCACACAUCUCUUCGUGAAUGUCCCUGCAUUUCUCAGGCCACUGAUAAGGUUUAUAUAAGAUUUUAAUAUUUUUACAUAAGGCAGGAGUGGUUUGAAUUGUUUUACUUGUAAGAAGAAAAAUUGAUAAAACAAGAUGCCCAUUCUCAGUGAAAUUCAUGUCUGAAAAAGAAACAGUUGAACUCUGGAAUUUUUAACCAUAUAAUGUGCUAGCAAACGCCUUCUGCGCUGUUUAAAUUCUUACCUGCUGUGACCAAGAUGCUCUUCUAAGUAUCAUCAUCAUUUGCCACUCUUAUGCAUUUAAUUAAACUUUGCCAAGCUGGCACUGGUUGUCAGGAUUCUAGAGAAAUCUGCAUACUGUCCUGGAAUUACAUACUUCUUCCAAAAUGUUAAGUGAAGCACUACCUUUUGGACGGACUCAGCCUGGAAAGUGCUUUAUUUGCAUGAAGUGCAUUUUGAUUGUUUGGUUUUCUGAGGACUCAUUGAACCUUAGUAAUUUGAUGGGGAAGAGUGGGUAGGAAGUAAAAAAUAAUGCUCCUUUCUUCCUCUCUUCCUCACCACGACCUUCACCAUUAUGGUGCUACCUAAUUAUUUGAUAAAGUUCUAGGAAAUGAUUGUGUGAGUAAAUUAUCUCCGGUCUUUACAUUUUGGAGGGAUCUGCCAGAAUUCGAGGAAAUUUUGAAAGUCAGUUUUUUUUCCUCAUGUGACCAAUACAUAAAUCAGCCACUCUGUCCAUUUGAGCAGCUGUGUAUAAAUGGAAUUUUACUGAAGAGCACAUCAUUGGUCUCACCCAUUGUUUCCCUCUUCCUGUAUUUCCAUUCUGCCUGUUUCCUAUGCUUAGAAACCAAAAGGUGCUGUAGAUUUUGUUUUCAUUUUCUCUUACGUUGAAGUAGUUUUCAACUGUGUUCACUUUGGGGCCUGGACAGCAGGGAGGGUGUGACAUAGAAAUGUAAUGUGUAGCAUAACUUUUUGUUGCUUUCUGAGGUGAACUGUAUAUUUAACCAGAAGACCAGGUGAUACACUUUUUUAUUAUCAGAUUGGAAUCCAUCUGGUAUUCUUAUAUACUUGAUUAUACUGAGUUGCCAGCAGGAAAACAAUGUGCAAACAUUUUUUAAAAGUGCAUUUAAAAUGAAGGGCAUUCUGCCUUUUUUUUUUUUUUUUAAGUGACAAAGUAAAUCUCAAUGUCUAAAGUCUGGAUUUAGGCAACUACAUUUAUUAGGAUUUUAAAAUCCUAUCCCUUAGCGUGUUGUUUACUUGGUUUUUACUGAAAUGUUUACUUCUACUUUUGAGAAUUUUCUUAACAUGGUCUUGUUUUGUAAUGUCAAUUUUAUUAAACACCAUACACACAUUUUCAUUCUUCUUCUGCUAAAACAUGUAUUGUGUGCGCUAGUCAAAUUUUAAAGCAUUAAAAAUUAUUUCAAGAUA